AUGGACCACCUCCCGAAAUUCCGCAGGAAACCAAAGAUUCCAACCAUUUCCACCACCGACGUCAAACCCCCGCUGUCCCGCAACGGCAGCGGCAUCAUCGAGCAGGAGCACCCCUCGCCCCAGCAAAUCUACCCCUCCACGACCGUCACCGUCACCAGCAGCGGCCGACAGUCCCCAAAGCCCGGCCUGCGCAAGUCUGCCUUCCGCGGCUUGCACCUGCGCAGCUCCGGCAAGCGCGUCCGCUCCCCGCCGCCCGCCUCCCUGCCCUCCUCGCCUCCGCCCGCCAUCGUUUCCCACGACGGCAUCACCUCCUCGCCGCCGUCGACGAAAAACAAGGAGGGCAGGGACGAUGCGGCCGCCAGAGCGUCGUCGGACAGGGAGAGCCGGGCGAGCUCGGACCCCAAGCCAAAGAUCCCGGCCUUCCUGGAUCUCUCCACACCAGACCUGGAGAACAAGUUCCAGGAGCUCGUCUGGCAGGAACGCAACCGCCUCGCCGCCGGCAUGGCCCCCGACGCCGAUGAGAACUCGAAAUGGGGCUCCUUCAAGCAGACCGAUCUGAGUCGCGGCGUCCAGGACCGCUACUUCAACAUCAAGCCCUGGAACCACAACCGCAUAAAGCUGCGCGUCCCCGAGGACGAGCUCGACUACGUCAACGCCUCCACCAUCACGCUCACCUCGCCUUCGAACAAGGACCUCGAGCCGCUGCGCUACAUCGCGAUGCAGGGCCCGACGCAGGCAUCCCUCGACUUCGUCUGGCGCAUGGUCGCCGAGCAGCUCUCCUCCCCCGUCGUCAUCGUCCAGCUCACGAGCAUGUUCGAGAACAACCAGGCAAAGUGCUUCCCCUACCUGCCGAUGGACGAGGAGGCCGACGGCGGCGGCUGGGUCCUCAACGAGACGGACGGCUGGAACGACGGCUGGACCGCGACACUCUCCUUCGACUCCCUCGAGACGCUCGAGAACGGCGCCAUCGAGGUGCGCAAGCUGCGGCUCCGCGUCGGCGACGAGGACGAGGACAGGAUAGUCUGGCACAUGCUCUACACCAAGUGGCCUGACUUCGGCGUCCCCGCCGUCGACGACCUCGGCAGCUUCUUCACCCUCAUGCGCCUCUCGCGCGAGUACAACACCGCCGCGCCCGCCCCGGACACGCAGCCGCGCAUCAUCCACUGCAGCGCCGGCGUCGGCCGCACCGGCACCUUCAUCACACUGGAGCACCUGAUGCGCGAGCUCGACGAGGGCGCGCUGCUGGACUACGACGCGGGGGCCGGCGGCGCGGGCGAGGACCUAAUCUACGCGACCGUCGACGCCCUGCGCGAGCAGAGGCGGAGUAUGGUGCAGGCCGAGGCGCAGUACCUGUUCCUGUACCAGGUGCUGCGUAAGCUGUGGCAGGAAAAGUACGACGUGGAGGACAGCAGCGACGGCGACAGUGAGCCCGCGGCUAAGAGGCUCGAGGUCGACGAGCGGUCGUCCCUGUCGUCUAUGGAUUGA